AUGGUCCACAACUGCGUUGCUCUGUAAGACGCUAGCGCAUUCCGCGUUUUGGUCCUCUCUAAACUCGAACCAACCCUUGAAGGCUAUGAGGGAGGAUUUCAAGGAGUGCACCCGCUCAGACACAGCGGGUUGUCAGCACUGUGCCGAAAUGAGCCCUCCCAGCCUUUCACAGCAGUCCACAACAAUCUUCACCUCAAUCGCAGAAAGUACCUACCCAUUGCCUCAUGUAACAUUCAGCUAGCUACCCACCGCCUCUCUCGCAAAUCAACCCUUCUCGAAAAUCGACCAAUCUCCUCCACCACGCCGUCGUCGCCAUGGGCUCCAAUGACAUCCCUCCGCCUCAUGUUCCCUCCUCCUACCACGCCGUCAGCACGGCUCUCCUCUUCCUUGGAGCUCUCGGAUACACGUCUGCCUACCUCCUCAUGACGCUGCAAUCCCUGCGCGACCGCACAUACGCCAUGCCUCUCUUCAGCCUUGCCCUGAACCUGUCAUGGGAGAUCGUCUUCGCAUGCUACGUGGCCGAGAGUCUUCCCGAGAAAUCGGCAUUCACAGUCUGGAUGAUACUAGAUGUAGGCUUGGUCUAUGCCGUCGUGAAGCACGGCGCAAGAGAGUGGGAAGCCUCGCCGCUCGUUGCCAGAAACAUAGGCAAGAUACUAGGAAUCUGCGUCCUUUGGUGCUGUACCAUGCUCUGGGCGUUCUCGAAAUGGUGGAUCCAGUCGUAUGCCCCCGCGCAUCUCGUCCAGGGGAAAAUAUACCUCGGCGUCAAUGGCAUAGAUACUACGGAGCUGGGCUGGUGGACGGCGCUCGCCGCCCAGGUGGUCUUGUCCGUCAUGUCGCUUGCGCAGAUUGUGGUCCGGGGGAGCUCUAGGGGCGCGUCGUGGGCCAUCUGGAUUACCAGGUUCUUGGGAAGUGUAUUAGGGUAUCUGGUUUAUUAUGGGUAUUGCUGGUGGGUGUGGCCCGAGGCGCAUGCGUACUUUGUGCAUCCAGUGGCCGUGGUGGGGAGUGUGACGUGGGCGCUUGCUGAUAUUGGGUUUGCCGUAGUGAUGCUGGUUGUGAAGGCACAGGAGGAUGCUGGUGGUGAUGAACGAGAGGGAGGGAAGAGACAGGGGAGGAAGAGGAGAUGAUGCGGAGACGGGAAAUGCACCUUCGAGGUUCGUUAGAUGUAGUACUUGAGCGUCUACGUUGGUUCAUCACUCCUGAAAUCACAACGGCAUAAUUGAGCAUAGCCUUCUGCAUAUCUGGAUGUAAAGUCAGGAAGAGUCGUCUUAUAAUCAUGUCGAAAGUCGAAAGUCGUCUACUGCGACUUUGCGUCCCGACUACGCUCUAUGACUCUGAGACCGUAUAUAUCCUCACCGACGAAUCAUCGCUUGCAACAGCGAGCUCACAAGUUCCGCUCUCGUUCUUUUCCUG